AUGCCUACUGCUUGCCGUCCAAUACCCCGUCGUUGCCGAACAAUGCUUGCCAGUGGUAAUUUUAUUUUUGAAGAUUCUUCAAUUGUCCAUCGUCGACCUGAUCUUGCUAUAAAUAUUUUAGCUUCAGGUCGCUCCACUUCUUGCUCGAGUCUAGCACGACGUUUAGGAAGCUCUUCAUCACUUCUACUUUCAGUUUCCACAUAA